GGCUCUGGGCAGAGCAGGCUCGGGCAGGAGGGCAGCACCAUGAGGCGGUUCGUCUUGCUAGCUGUGCUUUACAGUGGAAUAAGCUGCAGCAUUGUGCUGCAGAAAAUGUAUGGGAGGAUCGCGUCCCCCAACUUCCCAAACGUCUACCCAAAUCACAAGGAGAGAAUCUGGAAUAUUACUGUCCCCAAGGGAUACUCGGUCUGCAUCUACUUCACGCAUUUCAACCUGGAGCUGUCCCACCUGUGUGAAUAUGAUUACGUGAAGCUGAGCUCUGGUGGGAGGACCUUGGCUACGCUCUGCGGAAAGAAUAGUACAGACACUGAGGAGGCUCCGGGCAACAAGACGUACAUCUCCGUUGACAACAACCUCAUGGUAGUGUUUCGGUCUGACUACUCCAAUGAGAAACCGUUCACAGGCUUUGAGGCCUUUUAUGCUGCUCAAGAUAUCGAUGAGUGCAAACAGCUGUUGGACGGUGAACCUCCCUGCAGUCAGCACUGUCACAACUACGUGGGGGGCUACUAUUGCAGCUGUCGGAUUGGCUACACACUGCACGAAAACAGGAGGACGUGCACAGCGUGAGAUAAUUAAGCUUCUCCUCGCUUAGGCAGAGAUGGAGACAGAUGUGCUGGGAAGAGCUGGUUGGCCCUCCCUCCUGACCUGCCUGUUGCAGUCUGCCUCUUGCUCUGUGACUUGCAUGUCUGCUCUGUUCCUUGCCUUUGAGACCUGCCUCCUGCAGACAAUAAAGAGGCUGUUCCUUGUUGAAA